AUGACUUCAAAUGUUUUACCGGUCGGUGUGUUUGGUGUUAAACCAUUUGAUGGACAAAAUUUUGCAAAUUGGUUUUUUCGGAUAAAAUUGGUGUUGGAACAGAACGAAGUACUUUAUGUAAUUACAGAGAACCCUCCUGCAGAUGCCAAAGAGUUAAAAACUUUCAAAACCGCUGAUGUUAAGGCAAGGUCUAUUUUGAUUGGUUGCAUGUCUGAUAACAUCCUGAUUUUAAUAAAAGAUAAAACUUCAGCAAAAGAAAUCGUGGACCCUCUGUCAAAAACUUACGAGAAAACCGGAAUGAAGAGUGUUGUGAUGGCACAGAAAUCAUGGAGAAAAAUGGAAUAUAAGCUCGAGAAACCUCUUCAGGAAUUUCUUCAAGAAUUCGAGACUAGGGCAGCUGAACUAAGGAUGGCUGGUGGUAAGUUAGAAAGUGAAGAUGUCAUACAUCAGUUAUUGGGCGCCAUGCCACCCGAAUUUGAAUCAGUGGUUUCCGCUCUUGAUAUUUUAUGUGGCAGUAAACAGACUGAGAUAACUUUGGAUUACGUAAGAAAUACUCUUUUAGCUGAAGAAGAGAGAAUAUUGAAAAAGGAAGGGUCUCAGCCUCACAACGCAUUUUCUUCUAAUAGAAACCAAGGUAAUCCAUUCUCAAAAUCAAAAAACGUUUUCAUAUGUUAA